UAAAAUUUGCAGUAAAUAAUUAAUUUUUACUUGUUUCUGUAGAAAUUGGUUUGCUUUGCCAUGGUGCGUGUGUAUAAAAACAAGGAGUUGAUACCCAUCUUCUAUUCUUCCACCUCAUUCAGUUUCUUCCUUCUCUGACACCCAUCUUUUUCUCUUUCCAUCUAAUGGCUCUUUCCGGGUACAAGAAGGAUGGGAGAGAGCUGAGAAUCUUCGAAAAUGCAGACGAACUGAGCUGCAAUUUGGCAGAGUAUAUAGCAGAGCUAUCAGAGGCUUCUAUAAAGGAGAGAGGCGUCUUUGCCAUUGCUUUAUCCGGUGGCUCACUUGUCGCGUUGAUGGGAAAGCUAUGUGAGGCGCCUUACAACAAGACCGUUGAUUGGGCCAAGUGGUAUAUAUUUUGGGCUGACGAGCGCGUGGUUGCCAAGAGCCACGCUGAUAGCAACUAUAAGCUUGUCAAAGAUGGUUUUUUGUCGAAGGUGCCUAUUGUUCACGGCCACGUGCACUCGAUCAACGACUCCGUGACCGCGGAACAAGCCGCCGAGGACUACGAGUUUGUCAUCCGGCAGCUGGUCAAGACCCGCGUGAUCAGCGUGUCCGAGAUCCACGACUGCCCGAAGUUCGACCUCAUCCUCCUCGGGAUGGGGCCGGACGGGCACGUCGCGUCCCUAUUCCCGAGCCACCCGGUGUUCAACGAGAAGGAGCAGUGGGUGACGUUCAUCACCGACUCCCCCAAGCCCCCGCCCGAGCGGAUCACCUUCACGCUACCCGUCAUAAACUCCGCCGCCAACGUCGCCGUGGUCGCGACGGGCGCUGGCAAGGCGGAGGCCGCGCACGUGGCGGUCGACGGGGCCGGCCCCGACUACCCGGAGCUGCCGGCGAGGAUGGUCCGGCCGAUCAACGGCGAGCUGGUGUGGUUUCUUGAUAUAGCAGCUGCUUCAAAAAUUGAAGGUGCAAGCUUUUCCGAGUAGGGUCGAGAAAGUGUAAUUGCGGCAAAGCGUGGCUUUUGUAUGUAGUGUUUGAAAUUUGUAAACUUUGUUGUAUCACAUUCUGAUUAGGAUGUUUUGCCAUCUGUCAAUCUCUCUUUUCAAAAAGAAUUAAAGGGAAAAAAAGAGAAAAAAAUCUCUGGCAGUUUGAGCCAUUCUCCUCAA